AUGGAGAAUGUCUGUAAACAUAUGAGAGUAGAAUUAUUCCAAACAGAAGAGGAUAAAAAAAUCAGAUGCCUAGCAAGUUCAUCAUUAUAUGUAGGCUUUAAAGUAUUCGAAGGGGAUGAGACAAAGAGCAUACCUAUAGGAGAAACAGUAUGUUUAAAGCCAAAGAUGUACUCAGUCCUUCUAGCGAGGCAUGAUCCUAAAACUCCUAAUAACCCAGAUUCUGAAGACUCUAAAAAGAAGCAUAGUAUCCAAAAGGCAAAGGGUGUAAAGAAAACAUCUGAAAUAUCUCCUGAGCAAGCAGAAAAAAGAGCUAUGAAAGCUAAACUUUAUGUCAAGGCAUAG